UAAUGUAGUAUACACUUAAACUCGAAGUAGGAGAAUAAAAAUGAAAGCAAGUUUUGGGUGUGUGGGGGGGAUUGUAUUGACAAAUUUUCCCGACCCAAAAUGUAAAAAAAUGUCUAUGAUCAGCUGGAAUUUUCUCAUAUUUCUUAACCGCUAAUCUUCUUCAAACACACUGCUUUCAAAUUAACAAUCCACCAUUUCUACUCUCUCUAUCUCACACCUCUCAAGCUCCAUUGUUCAGAAAUGGCGAAUGAUACAAUGAUCGUCACAAACACACCGGCCAGAGAUCUCGUCUCCACCAAUUUUGUGUUCUGCUCCGUCGCCGAUCUUCGUCGCCUUGCCACCCCUGGAUCGCGCCUCAUUUUCGCCUUUGUCGGCGAUUCUUGGGUCCUUUCCGUUGGUUCUCAUGAUGAUAUACCCAAUGGGAGCAUAGGUCUUAAUUCUGUUCAACGGAAGUAUCUGCGGGUUUCCAUCGGGGAUUCGAUUUCUGUCAGAAGAUUUGUACCUCCUCAAAAUUUUACACUUGCAGUGCUUACUCUUGAAUUGGACUAUUUAUCAAGAGCAAAAGCAAGAGAAGAACAGGUUGAUGCUAUUGUUGUAACUCAGCUAAUCAAGAGGAGACUUGUUGACCAGGUCCUGACAGUUGGCCAAAGGGUAACCUUUGAGUUCCUAGGCAAUAACUUUCUUUUCACAGUCAACCAGGCUGUUGUUGAGGGACAGGAAAAGUCAGAUAGUGAAAGGGGGAUACUGUCAGGGGACACAUACAUUAUUUUUGAGGCAGCUGGUGGAAGUGGGAUAAAGAUAAUCAAUCAGCGUGAAUCAGCUAGCAGCAACCUGUUUAAACAAAAAGAAUUCAAUUUGAAGGAACUUGGUAUAGGUGGUCUGGGUGCAGAGUUUGCAGAUAUAUUUCGAAGAGCUUUUGCCUCCAGGGUUUUCCCUCCCCAUGUCACUAGCAAAUUGGGAAUCAAACAUGUUAAAGGAAUGCUUCUUUUUGGGCCUCCUGGUACUGGCAAGACUCUGAUGGCACGUCAGAUAGGAAAAAUGUUAAAUGGAAAGGAUCCAAAGAUUGUAAAUGGGCCAGAAGUAUUGAGCAAGUUUGUUGGUGAGACUGAGAAGAACAUCAGGGAUCUAUUUGCUGAUGCUGAGCAUGACCAGAGAACGCGAGGAGAUCAAAGUGAUCUGCAUGUUAUUAUCUUUGACGAAGUAGAUGCUAUUUGUAAGUCAAGAGGUUCAACUAGGGAUGGUACAGGUGUUCAUGAUAGCAUUGUCAACCAGCUCCUAACAAAGAUUGAUGGGGUGGAGGCCCUCAAUAAUGUUUUGUUGAUUGGGAUGACCAACAGAAAAGAUUUGCUUGAUGAAGCACUUUUAAGGCCUGGACGUUUGGAGGUUCAGGUGGAGAUAAGCCUCCCGGAUGAAGCUGGUCGUCUUCAAAUUCUUGAAAUUCAUACUACGAAAAUGAAAGAAAAUUCUUUUCUUGCACCAGAUAUUAGUUUGGCUGAGCUGGCUGCUAGAACAAAGAACUAUAGUGGAGCAGAGCUUGAAGGUGUUGUAAAGAGUGCUGUCUCAUAUGCUUUGAACCGGCAAUUAAACAUGGAUGAUCUUAAUAAGCCAGUGGAUGAGGAGAACAUAAAAGUUACCAUGAAGGACUUUUUGGAAGCAGUUGACGAAAUCAAACCAGCAUUUGGAGCAUCUACUAGUGAUCUUGAACGAUGCAGGCUAAAUGGCAUGGUGGAUUGUGGUGUUCGCCAUGAGCACAUCCAGCAACGCGCUAUGCUACUAGCAGAACAAGUAAAAAUUAGCAAAGGCAGCCCAAUCUUGACAUGUCUUCUGGAAGGUCCAAGUGGCAGUGGGAAGACUGCAAUGGCUGCUACAGUUGGUAUCUGUAGUGAUUUCCCAUAUGUGAAGAUUGUUUCAUCAGAGUCCAUGAUUGGUCUCAGCGAAAGUACGAAAUGUGCCCAUAUUGUCAAGGUAUUUGAGGAUGCUUAUAGGUCACCCCUGAGCAUAAUAAUACUUGAUGAUAUUGAGAGGCUAGUAGAGUAUGUGGCUAUCGGCCCACGGUUUUCGAAUAUCAUUUCGCAAACAUUGAUGGUCCUCUUGAAACGACUUCCUCCACUGGGAAAGAAACUUCUUGUGAUAGGGACAACCAGUGAAGUUGGUUUCUUGGAUUCAAUUGGCAUUCGUGAUGCGUUCUCGGUUACCUAUAAUGUUCCAACCUUGAAAACUGAAGAUGCCCGAACGGUUUUGCAUCAACUCAAUGUCUUCUCAGAGGAUGACAUCGAUUCUGCUGCUGAGGCCUUAAAUGAUAUGCCAAUCAAGAAACUGUAUAUGUUAAUUGAAAUGGCUGCUCAAGGAGAGCAUGGUGGUAAAGCAGAAGCCAUUUACGGUGGAACAGAAAAGAUUAACUUGUUACACUUCUAUGACUGUCUUCAGGACCUCGUCCGGUACUGAUUCAGCAUACAAUGUUGAGUUCUGAUAUUUUUGCUUACUUUGUGGCUGGUUCUGUGAAUUUUUCUCGCUAAGUUUUCCAGAUUUGGCAAAAGUUGAUCAGAUAGUAGUGUGAUAUACUUGUAUACAAUCUGUUGUCCCUCGUUUAUGAUUUUCGUGCCCAAUCUUUCUUUGGAGCCCCAGCAGUCUAGCGAUGGUUUUAUAGCUUAGACUGUUUUCUGGAGUGUACCCUGGACCUUACAGAUUUAACCAAUCUACUUGUCACAAUUUUCUAUUUAUUCGCUCAGGUUUUGGAGCUUGUUAUAUUAGAAUUGUAAUACUCGGUUUGUAACCCUUGUUUCCAUGUAUAUGACGGUUCCCUAUUCCAUGGUGAUUAGAUAUGCACAUGGUUUUGCCUUCUA